GAUGAGGUCAUCACUCCGCGACUCCUCGUCCGCCAUCUUGUGGUUCUUGUGCCGUUUGUUUUGUCUGAGUUCGGUCUCUGGAAGCUGCAGCGCGAACCAUGGCCGCCCCGCUCAGCCUGAACGCCAAGCAGCCGCCGAUUCAGUCCACGGCCGGAGCCGUGCCCGUCCUCAAUGAGAAAGGUGAGGUGUCGAUGGAAAAAGUGAAAGUCAAGCGCUAUGUCUCUGGUAAGCGACCCGAUUAUGCGCCAAUGGAGUCCUCUGAUGAAGAGGAGGAGGACUUCCAGUUUGUGAAGAAGCCAAAGGAUGCAGAGGCAGAACCUGAGGUGCCUGAGGAGCUGGCAAACGAUCCUCGUCUGAAACGUCUCCAAAACCGACUCUCUGAGGAUCAUUUUCCCAUCUACGGCAUUUCCACUUACAACAUCUCAACUAACUCCUUCAAGAAAAACCCAAAUCCAAAAACUGGUAACCAGAAAAUGGCAGUCCUUGGCUUCCAAAUAACAGACUUGCCUGCAAAACUAAGCAAUUGUUUAUGA